AUGAGUGUAAAAAAGCACGAAUCAAGUAGCAUAACUGAUUCACACAAGACAAGCAAUACAGGAAGCAGCACCUCUCGGUAUGCUUAUAUUUAUACUUCAAAUGCACAAAAUGCUGCAGAUGGCUUGCAAAAUGCAGUGGCUUCCGCGGCCAGUACCGAUGAAAAAACAUCAAAGAGACAGCUGAGUCUUGAAGACGUCUUUUUCAGCAAUAAAGUUGCUUGCAAUGAGUCUAUGCAGAAUAACUGCUCUGGCAAAUGCGAAUAUUGUAAAUUGGAUCAUGGCAUAAGCACAAGAUGGAGGCAUCAUCUGAAAGAUGAGUUUGACAAACAGUACUUUGCGGAAAUAAAGAUGUUUCUUCAUGAAAACAAAGAUCAUCUGCCUCCAGUUAGCAAAAUAUUCUCAUUCAUGGACUAUUUUGAACUAGAGCACACAAAGGUUGUUAUCAUUGGCCAGGAUCCAUAUCACAAUGUUGGGCAGGCAAUGGGAUUGUCAUUUUCGGUUCCUAUAGGUAUUCCAAUCCCACCCAGCCUGAGAAAUAUAUACACUGAGCUGGCACAUGAUAUCGAGGAUUUUGUAAUUCCGACUCAUGGCGAUCUGUCAAGGCUAGCAGAGCGUGGUGUGCUGCUGCUCAAUGAUGUUCUUACCGUCACAAAAAACAAACCAAACUCACAUGCAGAUAUAGGAUGGAGGGUGUUUACAGACAGGAUUCUACACCUGAUAAACACUCAUUGCACAAACGUCGUGUUCAUGCUAUGGGGAAAGCAUGCACAAGCAAAGGGAAGAUUCAUAGAUAGGCAUAGGCAUCUUGUACUGGCCUGUGGCCAUCCAAGCCCAUUCAGCUCAAAAAUGUUCUUUGGAUGCAGGCACUUCUCAAAGGCAAACAAAUAUCUCUCCUCACACGGAAAGUCCCCAAUCAACUGGCAAGUGUAA